CCCAUACAUGACUGUCAUUCCAACCAAAAGCUCGAAAUGAUAUUAUUAAGAAAUCUCACGCCAAGAGAACUGUCAUUCGACGGAAAGGUCUAUAAGGAGAACUGUCAUUCCAGCUGGUUGCGUGCAAUAGCAAAGCGAGGUAGGGCCAUAUUAAUGAUUAAAAGUAAGGUAUUUCGCAGAGAAGGUACACGUACUCUAGUACUGCAUUAAACGCAAAUCUUUUGGUAGAUUAAAACACAAUUGUGUUGGUGCAAUACUAUACUACACGGUGAGAGUAAGCUAAUUCAAAUAGGUAUUCGUGUUGGAAAAACUGUGUACUAUAGUGUGAGUCUCGGAAACGAAUAUUUUAUAUGAUGGGAUUCAAUAUUAAUGUUUGUGUGAGUGAAAAUAAUUUGCAGUGCGAGAUCGUAAAAUAACUUCGUGAGUUGAACAGGCAUUCUCCUGACUAACGUUGCGAAGAACGGACGUGCAUUCAAGGGCAUUAAAAAAAACAAAAUGGCGAGUAAGCCAAAUGAAAGUGGUCAUCGGCCGAAUGAAAAACCAGGAAAAACUCACCACAAUGGCGCAGAUGAAGCUCCAGAACCAAACGCGAAGCCAGGCGGAACAGAAACAAAGCUAAGAAAGAAGGAAAGAAAGCUAAGUAAACUGGAAAGUAUGGCGGAAAAAUUGAAGGCAGAAAGAGCGGAAAAGGCAAACAUGGCAGAGCAACUUAAAAAGCUACAAGCGGUAGUUGAUUCGUUGAAAACGACAAAGGAAAUCAUUCCGUCUGUCGUGAAAGACGCUAACGAAGACGCUAGCGUGGACUUCGAGGAGAUCCCAAUUGCUUCGAGUACUCAACAUCAACCAAAAUCGAUCGGAACAUUGGAUGAGUCACGUUUUCUGUCCUCCGUGAAUCAAUUGUCCAUAUCGUCGAUAGCAAUUCAGGAAUGUAAACCGCUUGCAGGAGACGACGAGAUUCACAGACAUACCUUUGAGAUGUGGAAAGACCUACUCAAUGACUGUAUGGCUCUGGCAGGAAUAGAGGACGAAGCGACGAAGUUCACGAUUUUCAAGGUGAAAGCCGGUCCUCGUCUGCUCACGAUAUUCAAAAAUACGAGAUCAGAUGCCGAAGCCCCAGAUGUCAGCACCAAUCCAUUUUCAAAUGCUCUUCAUCGACUUAAGCUAUACUUCGGAUCUAGCUCCGACGUGAUGUUUCAAAGACGGAAGCUUGCCUUAAUGGAACAAAAGGCAGACGAGUCUGAUUUGGCGUUUAUCACGAGAGUUGGAGAAACGGCACAACUAUGCGACUUUGAUAAGACAAAGGAAUUCGAAGAAAUUGUUAAGACUAUCGCGGAACAUGCAAAGUGUAAGGAGGUGAGAGUGGCGGCAUUGAAAAUGGUCAGCCGGAACGGAACAUUCACCACCUUGGUUGACAAAGUUCGUGAGAUUCAAGCGAUUCGCAUGAACGAAGAAUUUUUCGCCUUCAAGCACAUGCAGAGUGGAUCUGCUAGGGAGACAGCUAUGCUUGCUCCGGUAACGGCUGAAUACCAGAAUCCAUCAUCAUCAUCACGGAGGAACUAUGAGCAGAGGUCUGACAACCGUUAUGUUCCUUACAAUCGAAACUAUCCACGUUACAAUCAACGCUUUCCCCAACAGACGGGAUGGCGUGCGAACAGAGUUGGAGCGACUAAACGAAACUUUGGCGACAGGAACGAGACUAAGCGAUUGGACAGAUGCUGGAGAUGUUACAGUUUCUUUCAUCUGCCAUCGGAGUGCAACGCUGCAAAUCUUGUGUGCAGAAAGUGCGGACAGGUAGGGCACAUCCAGCGUGCUUGCUAUCCGGCUACGAGUACGACCACAAAGCGAAAUGUAGAUCAGGACAUUUUUGAAACAGAUGCGAAACAGGCCAAGAUAGAAGUAGUGGAAGAGAAAGAAGCGACUUCAAAAACGAAAGAACAAGUGAGUGACCAAACAGAUUCUUAAAUUUUGAGUGACACGAUUGAUAGUUUUCGUACGUUUAUUUGAAUUUAAUUGUUUCAAAUUUGAGUUUUUUUAUUUGAAAAAUUCCGAAUUACUAUAAUUUUUUUACAUUGAUAAAAAAAAGAAGGAAUUUUAAUUUUUUUCCGUAAUGUUUAAAUCUGAAUUUUGAGGUAAUGAAUAAAAAGAAAAAAAUCCAAGUUUAAAUACAACUAAGUACUCUAAGGAGCAAAAUGAAUUAAAAUUAUUUUAAAUUUUAAAUGAUACAGAAGAAACUUAAAUAAAAAUGAUGACAAAAUUGAAGGUAUUCAUGAAUCAAUAAAAUAUAUAUAUACAUAUAUAUAGUUCGACUUUUGAUCAUAAAGAAGUUCACCUUGGCUAUCGUGUUACUAUAGUAUAUAAUAUACAAUAAGAUGAUUUCAAACUUAUAAAUUAAAUUUUUGGUAGGCAAAUGUUCCGGAAAGAUACGAUCGGUGCCAGGACUGGGACACGGAUCGAUUUGUUAUUGCUACGGUUGGAACAAAUAAGGAAUCGGGAAUCAUAACUGCACACGUGGCCGGUAUGCAAUGCGAUUUCUUAAUUGAUUCCGGAGCACAGGUAAAUACGCUUGUUGAGAACAUCUACGAGAUCAUGAGGAGUAAUGAAAGGUAUUGUAAGGAGAUGCAUAACAUUAGGGAAGGAUCGGAUCGAACUCUGAAGGCUUAUGCUUUGGAGGGAGAGAUUACCGUCCUGGCAACCUUUGA